AUGUUCCCUUUGAUUUUCAUCCUCCUUCUUCUCCAGCUUCCACUCCUUGUCAGCUCCUUAGAAGGCACUGCCUGCUUUUCUAGAAUGAAGCACAGGGCACACAUAGAUGGAGAUGUGAUGAUUGCUGGGUUCUUCCCUCUCUACACUUUGGGAACAGAUCGCAGAAACAGCGAUGCUUCCCAUGAUGAAGCAAACAAAAUGUUUGUUUUCAAGUGCUAUCAGCUUGUCCUGGCUUUGGCUUUUGUUAUUGAAGAAAUCAACAACAACUCCAAUCUUUUACACAACAUGACUUUGGGAUUUGAUAUCUAUAAUGCUGAUUUCAGAGCUUGGUCUGCCUUUGAGAACUCUUUUAUUUGGCUUUCUGGGCCAAGCAAGAUCCCUAACUACACUUGCAUAGGAGAAAGUAAUUUUGUAGCAGUACUUGCAGGAACAUCAGGAAUGACAUCUGUGCAGAUUGGAACACUGCUGGAACUCUACAAAUUUCCACAGCUUACCUUUGGGGCUUUUGAUCCUGCCCUGAGUGACCAUGUCAAGUUUCCUUCUCUCUAUCAAAUAUCCCCAAAGGACACAUUUCUAGCGAUUGCCAUGGUCUCCUUACUACUUCAUUUCAGCUGGAACUGGGUAGGGCUAUUGAUCUCACAAGAUGAGAAUGGUUUAUCGAUCCUUUCAGAACUGAGAGAAGCAAUGGACAAGAACAAAAUCUGUGUAGCCUUUGAGCAUAUGAUUUCUGACAGUACUCUGACACAAGUAAUUAACCUCAUAACAAUUCAGAACCAGAUCAAUAAAUCAUCAGCAAAUGUACUUAUCAUUUAUGGUAAAAAGGAAUACCUGUUAGACUUAAUGGUAUAUCUUGGGCAAUAUUUAAUAACAAGCAAAGUUUGGCUCUUGAACUCACAGUGUGAUUUAUCCAUCGGAAGGAAGUAUUUCAUGUUAGGCUCAUUCCAUGUACCUCUCAUUUUUUCAUAUCACCAUGAAGACAUAGCUGGAUUCACAGAUUUUAUCAGGGAAGUCAACCCUUCCAAAUAUCCAGAAGACUUUUACCUUGCUAAGUUGUGGUUUUUCUCUUUUAAUUGCUCCCAUUUUGAGUCUGACUGUGUAAUGUGGGAGAACUGUCCACAUGCUGCCUCCUUGGAAUGGUUGCCUGUGCAAAUUUUUGACAUGGCCAUGUCUGAAGAGAGUUACAAUAUCUAUAAUGCUGUCUAUGCUGUGGCAUGGGCUCUCCAUGAGAUACUUCUUCUUCAAACAGAAGAGCCAGCAAUGAGUAAUGAGAGAUGGAGGCUGCACCCUUUUCUGAAGAACAUCCAAUUUUACAAUCCUGCUGGAGACCAAGUGAUUUUGAAUGAGGAAAGGAAAUUAGAGGCAGAGUAUGAUAUUUUGAAUAUUUGGAACUUUCCAGAAGGUCUUGAACUCAAAGUGAAAAUUGGGAAGUUUUCUCCAUAUGCUCCUCAUGAUCAUCAACUGUCUGUAUCUAAAGAUAUGAUAGAGUGGGCCAUAGGAACUACCGAGCCUCCUUACUCUGUUUGCAGUGAGAGUUGUGGUCCUGGAUUCCGGAAAUCCCCUCAGGUGGGAAAGGUUGUCUGUUGCUUUGACUGUGCACCUUGCGUAGAGAAUGAGAUUUCUAAUGGGACAGAUAUGGAGCAGUGUAUAAAGUGUCCAGAUGAUGAGUAUCCCAACACAGAGAGAAACCAGUGCCUCCCCAAAGCUGCAAGUUUCCUGACUCAUGAAGAACCCUUGGGAAUGGCCCUGGACUGUGUGGCUCUCUGUUUCUCCAAACUCACUGCUGCUAUUCUUGGGGUCUUUGUUAAGUAUCAGGACACCCCCAUUGUGAAAGCCAACAACCUGUCUCUCAGUUAUAUCCUGCUCAUCUCCCUCAUAUUCUGUUUCCUCUGUUCCUUGCUCUUUAUUGGCCAUCCUAACACAAUCACUUGCAUCCUGCAGCAGACCAUAUUUGGGCUUGUCUUCACUGUGGCUGUUUCCACAGUGUUGGCUAAAACUGUGACUGUGGUUCUGGCCUUCAGAGCCACUUCUCCAGGGAGAAGGAUUAGGUGGCUGCUGGUAUCAGGGGCUCCUAACUUCAUCAUUCCCAUCUGCACCCUCAUCCAGGUGACUCUCUGUGGAUUCUGGCUGGGAACCUCUCCUCCCUUUGUGGACACUGAUGCACACACUGAACAUGGCUACAUCAUCAUCCUGUGCAACAAGGGCUCCCUCACCGCUUUCUACUGUGUCCUGGGAUAUCUGGGCUCCCUGGCCCUGGCCAGCUUCACUGUGGCUUUUCUGGCCAGGAAUCUGCCUGACACCUUCAAUGAAGCCAAGUUCCUGACCUUCAGCAUGCUGGUGUUCUGCAGUGUGUGGCUCACCUUCCUUCCUGUCUACCACAGUGCCAAGGGGAAGGUCAUGGUGGCUGUGGAGGUCUUCUGCAUCUUGGCCUCCAGUGCAGGGCUUCUGUGUUGCAUCUUUGUCCCCAAGUGCUACAUCAUCUUGAGAAGACCAGAUAGAAAUUCUCUGCAUGGCUUCAAGGACAAAAUACAUACUCAGAGAAAGAAGCCUUCUUAA